CCCGGCUGAACCCUAUAGACCCCACCUUUCUGCUGCAUUUGCCGAGCCCGAUCGAUCUGCGAUGGUCCCGGGGCCCGAAGCUGGGCGGGAGCGCACGGUCCUCGUGACCCUUCCCUCGAGACGGUGGGCGGCGAGCCCGGGGGGGGAGGUCCCAGCGGGGGCAAGCCAUCUCAGGAGGCGGCCCAGAAAACUCCUCGGAAGGCCAGAGGCCUUGCGAGCCUUCUGAGAAGGCCCGCCCCCUCUCACUUCGCGCAUGUUUUAACUCGCGGCCACAACGGACGUUGUGGGGGGAUGGGGGGGGGGACGGAGGACGGGAGGGGGCAGAACGUAUAGCGCCCCCCCUCCCCCAGACUGCGGUGCCGGACGCACUGCGGCAGUGCCGGGGGCGCAUUGAUGGGGGGAGCGUCACGUUAUGGGGAGCAGGCGCACGUCGACGCCGGGCAGCGGCGCGCCGCUGCCGCUGCUCCAGGCGCAGCGCCCCUGCGCCUCCACCGCGGCGCGCAGGACCCACGGCUUGGCGAGCACCCGCGGCGCGCGGCUUACCAGCCGCGCCUCGUCCGGCGCUGCGGGGCCAUGCAGGAAGAGGCAACUCUUGUGCCUGUGGGUGCGGUUCUGCGGGUUGAGCUCCAAGGCGUCGCCCGCCGCCGCCGCGGCGGCGUGGCACGCCAGGACCGCCUCCAGGUCCGCGGCGGAGAGCAGGCCCGGAAAGUUGCGCGACGCUGCUCGCCUGGGCGAGCCCCAGGUCCACGUAGAACGACCACCGUCUCCACGGCCCCCGGGCCGCCGUGCCUCGCCGGCGGCUCGGCCGCCUCCCCGGCGGGCCCGGGCGCCCGACUUUGUGUCAGCAUCGCCCCGGGCCGUGCUCCCGCGGGGUGCGUCCUCGGCCAGAGCCAGGACCUGGUGGCGCUCGGGCCAAAAUGGGAUUAA